GGGAGGCUCAGCAGCUCAGCGCCUCUGUUAGGCAGUGCUACGUGGGGUCAGAGCUGGGAAAGGUGUCACCAGCGGUGGUGGCCACCUCCUCCUCCAGUGCCAACUCUGGAGACAGCUAUGCAGUGGAAGGUGCCCCUGCUUGUGGGGCUCAUCGUGCUGAGAACCCAUGUCUACAGCUGCAAAUUUGUAGACAUUGAUAAGAACUCGAAGGAUUUCGCCAGUGCUGUGGAGUAUGCUGUGUUUCAGUUCAAUGAGGACCAGGAAGACGAGUUUGCCUACAAGUUUCUGCAGGUACGCCGGAGCCAGCACAAGAGAUGGACGUUGAUAUAUUUAAUGGACUUGGAGAUGGGGCGUACAGUUUGUAAGAAACAUGAUGAAGACAUUGACAAUUGCCCAUUGCAAGAAGGCACAGAAGAGAAAAUGGUGCGCUGCACUUUUAUAGUAGAUGUUCGAUCUUGGUUUUCCCAGUUCACCCUCCUGAACAGCACCUGUGUGGAGAGAAGGUGGUGACAGAGCCCAUGGUUUUUUGCAGCAGAAGUCCCCUCUUCCUCCAGAGUGUGACAGUCUGUAGUCCUAGAUCUGUGCAGCCUGGCAGAAUUAAA